GUGGGUGGUUCCUGCAGUCGCUAGUCCGCUCGCCCCCCUCACUCCCCCACUCCGCAAAGAGACCGGCGGCGCGGCUUGGUCUGAGGCAGAACAAGCCGGAAGUUGCUCUCCUUCUUCUCUUCAAAUGUGCACUGGAGGAAACUCAAGCACGGGAAGGAAGGUUCCGGAUCUGGCCUGGGGUGGAGGCAGCGAAAUGGAGACAGGGAAGGAGGACCGGAGUCUGACUCGCCGCCAGAUAUUGACCUCUUCCUGGGAUGCCCCGUGCGGGGCCUUGAACCAGAGCCUCCUUCUCACCCGGGAUGGCCUCGGCCCCUCGGAUAUCGACUGGGAAGAGCUGCUGGCGCCACCUGCUCUGGGCCAGGAUGUAGUGAUUUUGAAGAGGAAACUAAACAGCCAAAAGGAAAACCCCUGUUUCCUUUACCUCACCUGUGAUCCUAAUGGUGAUGAAGAAGUGGCUUCUAUUGGCAUUUUAAGUUCAGCACGGAAUAUGGAAGUAUACUCGGGAGAGGAGUACUGUGGAACCAGUAGGGGCAGGAAUAUUUGUACUGUCCUGGAUAACAGUGAACAUGAGAAAAUUGUUUUGUACAAAAAAUAUCUAAAAUUGGAGCCCUCCACACUUGCUUGUAAAAUAAAGAUGCUGUCCUUUGGUGAAAGGCAGUGCGUGUUCAUCAGUAAAGUUGUGGUACACAUGAGACCGGUGUCAGCAAAUUCUUCAAGAAGCUCUCCUGCUCUGGGAUCAAGGAUAGACCUGGAUAGGGUUCAAAGCAUAAUGGAAUCCAUGGGCUCAAAGUUAUCACCUGGAGCUCAGCAACUUAUGAAUAUGGUUAGGUUUCAGCAGAGGAAUUCUAUUCCCUUUGGAGAGCAGCUUGAAUCAGUUUUGGGAAGUACUGGACACAAGCAUAUGCUUGGACUACAAUCAUCGUUUACUUCAGGAGCUUUAGACAAGUCAUCUUCCACACCUUCUCCUUUUAGAUCUGGAUUGACAUCUGGAAAAGUGACUGAAGACUUAAAAGCUUACAUUGAUAAAAAUACACAACCACCUGAUGGAGGAAGUUUUACCAACCUCGACGAAUGUAAAAUUGUGCCACAAAACCAUACUCUUCUUGAAAAGGACCUUAAAAAUUCAGGAUCCUCUUUCUUACCAAAGAAAGGAAAUUGCAACUCAAAUAUACCUAAAUCUGAGUUGCUUCCUUUUCUUCAGAAUUUAUGUAGUCAAGUUAACCAUCUCCGUGUGGGACAUAACACCGAGUGGCAGGAAAAUAUUACUAAGCCCAGUGAACGCAUUGGUGUUCCAGUGGAAGAGUCACCUGUUUGCUCCUAUUUGGAGAAGAUUCUUUCUAAAAAUAUGGAAUUAAUGGAGAAGAAACUCACAGACUAUAUUGAUCAGCGAAUAUAUAAACUCCAGGAGCACAUAGAUAAUAAGAUUGCUUUGUUAAUGUACUGCCUACAAAAUCCCAACUGUCCAUCCACUGCGAUGCCUCUAAGACAUUAUGACUCUGGAGAAAGACUUUCAAAUGGAGAAAGAUAAGUGGUCAGCAUAUACAAUGUGCUGCAGAUAUUUAUUACAUAUUUAUUAUAAAGCCAAAACUCAGAAAAGUUUACAGAAAGCAAGUAUUUGAUAGCCUUUGAGGAUCAUCAUCUUACUAACGUAAAGAGACCUCAGGAUUCAUUUUUACUGCGCCUGUCGUAAAUCCAGUCUUGUACACUAAACGUUAAUAUGAUAGGGUCAUAAAUUAUCUUUGCUAGUGAUAUUUUUCACUCUUAAAAAAAAUUUACUUUUGUGUUAUGUAUGUAACUGUUUAAGUUUUAAGUAUUUCUAGUGUGAUUCAUUAGUUUGUUUUGUAUAUGUUUAUGACACAAGCACUUUUUUAUUUAUACCAAGAUCUUAUUUCCUAGUUUUAUGGCUGUGAAAAGGAAUGCUUAGAGUGUUUGAUUGAUAGUUUUCUUUUCGUAAUUGAUUGUUCUUGGAAAAUUGUAUGCUUAAGAUUUGGAACCUUAAUUUCAGAUCACCAACUACAUUUUAUAUUGUUUAUCUCAGAUAAAUAAUUAGAUGUGAUGUUUGGCAUGCAUAAAAAUUGUUCACAUUGAGGCUGUUAAUAUUUGUUCCUCUAGAUUGUAGCACUAGAUAAGGAAGUAAAAACCAGAACUGGCCUUCUUGUUGUUAGGAUUAUUGUUUUGGAUUUGGUGUUUAAUGGUAAAUGGGAGAAAUAGUGUUGUUUUCUCUCAAUAAACCCAAAAGUGUAAGAAAGUCUCUCCCUUUAUGUGCUGGGAUAGGUUCUCCUUUUCAAGUCCUUUCUAGUAUGUUUAAAGUAUGAAAUGCUGUGGCUCUGCAUGAGCGGAUUAAGGCAUACGAAUCAAGGAGAUUGCAAUUCUCUUUGGCAGACUUAAUUUUCAGAAAUUGUAAUUAUAUUGUAUGUUUUAAAGGGUAUGAUAUUUGCAAUAAAAAAUGAAUGCAUCUACUCUGGAAACUACUUAAGUAAAUAGAUAUACUUUAUUCACUAGAUAUUUGUGUAAAUGUUUUAUAUUUAUGAAAAGGAAUGCUUUACACUAAAUAUUUUGGUGAAUUUAUUUCUUUAAAAUGAGAGCUAACUUGUAUAAUUCAGUUCAUUUUAGUCAUCCUUUAAAAGUGUUGUAUCUAUAAAAUACACUGUCUUCAGUGACAUGAAGUUUUAUCAGGCCCUUCCUAAUUUUUCAUAACCUAGGCAGCAUCUUCUUCUGUUUAACUUAAGAAUGAACUCUUAGUCCUUUAGCUUUCAGUAGCUGUGGCCUGCUCUUUGAUUUCUAAAAUGCCAAAAUACCAUUAAAACCAGUACACAUAAACUAUAUUUUAUAAAAUGACUGAAAUAAAUUUAAUAAUACUCCAUGAUUAUACUAGAGAGAAUUCAGAUGAAAUUUAAUUUCUCAUCUUGUUCUUUAAUUUUUCCAUUGUAUAUACUUUACAUGCUUUCUGUUUAUAUAUUAGAAAUUCAUAGGUAUUGAUUUUUAUUUUCUAAUAUAUAUUUAUAUAAUUGCUAUACAUAUAAUUGCUUUAUUAUUACUUCUCAGAAAAGAUUUCCUGCAUUUGCUGAAACAGGGGAGGUAGGGCUACAGUACUUAGAAAAUCUCCAUGAAGUCUUUUUGCUCGUAACUUUUCUCCAUCUCUAUGUGGCACACACAGUAAGCCAACUCUGAAUGUUGGGUAAUUGGGACAGGUAAAUGUACCUUCAGAGGUGUCAAGGUAAACACUGCAGUUUGAAAUAACUGAAAGGCAUUUGAGGGUGAUCCAGAAAUUAAAUCAAGAUGCAGACGAUGCAUUUCAAUUUUCUUUGUUGUGCAUCUGGCUUAUCUGUCUCCUGAGUGUUAUUCCAACUCCCCUCUUUUCCAUGGGUGACAUAUUUAGGGUUUUGAUCCCUCUUUCACCAGUGGAUUUUCUGUCACUUUGAUGCAGGGCAGAGAGUGAGAUUUUCUAUCAGUUUGCUGCUGCCAGAUGACUCACCUAAAAGUGUUUGUGGCUCUGAUAAGACCUAACCCAGGUAUGGAGACUACCAUUCCAGGCUCUUCCUCAUUUAACUGCAGCCACACUUUGCAAUCGCAUCAGCUGCUGCCACAUGACCUGCUGUUUCAGCCUGUCCUUUCUUACCCUGACUCCUUGGGCUGUUGGAUCCAGCAGCAAAGAAUCUUCCACCGCUGACUCUCACCUCUCCCUAUCCAAGACACACCUAUAGUUCAGAGGUCAGCUCUGAAGAAACCUUCCUGAAGCCUCCCUUGGUCCCUCCCCUCCCCUGCUGGAAGCCAGAAGCAUCUGGACGUACGGAAAAUGGAGACACAAUAUUGAAGGUUCUUUUCAGGGAGAUGUGAAAUGGCUUUGAUUGGCUAAAUCACAGGAUGCAUGUCAGGUGAGGCUAGAGAUGAGGCUUGAAAAGCUGGCCUGAGGCCCGCUGGGGAGCAUCUUCACUGCUCCAUACAGGAGAAUGCUGGCACCAAGGUUCCACUGGAGAAACAUCUAUGAGGUUUAAAUAGGAAAGGGACAGGAGCAGAUCUGUUUAUGUCUUGGCAAGAAAACCAGAGUAAAGCUUAGCUCAUGAACUCACCUACAGGAGUUCUUGGCAUUUUGCUUUGCUGGAAAUAGAACUUAGGUGCUGAGAGUGCAGGACCAUAUAAAUAAGCCUCUGGCUGCCUGACGGUUUCAUUUCAGAUGUGAGAUCAGCAGUUCACAGACAAUCUUGUCUGUCAGAAACACCUAGGAAACUGUUACACAUGAAGGUUCUAGGCCCAAACCAGACGAGACUCAGACAAGAAGGAAGAGUGGUCCCUGAAUGGGCAUUUCAAAGGUCUCAGAGUCAUUACUAAGGAGGCUGACAUUGAAGAGUCUCUGCUUUGGGCUCUAACACAGCCCACCUCAGCGUGGCACCAUCUCAGCAGCCCCACCUGCCUCACUUGGGGGCUUGUUCAAAAGGUAAAUUCAUGGAUGCCACCUCAGAACACCUAUAUCAGAAUCUCUGUGGUGGGUCCCAGGAAUCUGGAAUUUAACAAGCUCUACAGGUGAUACUUAGGCUCCCUCAAGUAGAGAACCACUGCUCUAAUAAAUAGAGACAUCUCUGAAAGAAGAGCCUCAGAAUCAAGAUUUGAAAAGCCCAGCUCAGGUGACUGUAAUCUUCUAAGCAUAUGGGAGAUAUUCCUGAAGAUUUAUGUUUACAUGUGAACAUACAGGAUCACAGAGAAGAAAAGGAACAGAAGAGAAAGGCAGCCCUUUAAAUUUUUGAGGAGUCAGAAUUCUUGAAACCUGAGCAUGUUGAAUGAUGACUCAAACUGGGAUAUAGUUAUUGUUAGUGCACACUGUUCCUAGAAGAGGCUGAUUGAUAGAGAUUUCAUCAAGGAGCUUAAUAUUUUUACUUCUGCUACUUCCAUCUAGUUCAAGACUGAGAUAACACCCUAGUGGCUGGAGAAGAGACGCUAGGAAAGGGAGUUUCUCAUUGGAAUCAGUUGCUUGUAUUGGCAUCGCAGGGGUGCAGGGGUGACAUGUGUCCUCACUGCAACCUUUCGAAGACUAACAACCACCUUUACCACCACCACCACCAUUGUCAAACCACAUGACCUGCAUUCUUUCUCCAGUUUAGAAAAGCAGCAUCUAGCUCACAUCUCUGCUUCCUCCUUAAAGAUAGUCCCGUGCUGCGCAGUGCACGGGGCAGCCCAGGAUUUUAGUUUUCUGCCCAUUUUGACAGGGUUUCUCCAAAUACCCACAGAGGACAUAUUUCCAAGAUGCCUUAGUGGUAAAUUACACAAGAGCUGACAAAUCUAAAUCCUUCCUCCUCAGAUAAUUACACCUGCUGUAUAACUUGAGACAAAUGAUUUACCCUUCUUGACCACGGUUUUCUGGUAUGUAAAAUGGGGGUAUCACUACCUAGUGCAUUUCUUGUGUAAGAUUUAUAAUACUGCGAACAUGAAGCACAGACCUGGCACACAGGAGGUGUCCAGUAAAUGCCAAAUGUCACUUCCCCCUCCCCCUUGAACUUCCCACGCUUCUGUUCUCUCUUCCUCUCUCUUUACGUAGCAGUAUAGUGUACACAUUUCUUAAUAGCUCCACCACUCCAGGAAAUUUGAAAGUCUCCUUCUCGUUUCCUUGAGGCCCAAAGGGAAGCUGAGUCCAUCUCCGAUGGUGUAAGACCGUAGUUCUAAAGUUUGGGGACUGGACCGGCAGCAGCAUCCCUUGGGAAUUUGCUACCAAUGCAGAUUCUCUGGCCCCAGCCGGCACCCACAGAAACAGGACUCUGGGGGUGGAGCCCAGCAACUGUGCCUUCACAAGGCCUUCAGGUGCUGCUGGUGCACGCUCCAGUGUGAGAACUACCACGGCACAUGGACCCAGGUUGCUGGAUUCAAUCCCUCUCCCACUUUCAUCAGGAUGUGGCCUUGGGCACGUGAAGUGCCUUCUCUGGGCUUCCAGAUUUAUUCUCUGGAGGUCAGAUUAUAUCUCCCACAGAGGGUUGUUGAGACGAUUAACUGGGACAGUUCUCAGGAAGCCCUGAGGGAGUCCUUAUAGUUCUGUGCCAAGUUCCCAGAUUGGCUCACACUGGGACCACCUGGCACUAAAAACUCCUGAUGCCUGGGUCAUACCCCUGAUAAUCAUGGUCUAAGUGUAUGGGGUACAGCUUGGGAAUUGGUUUUUGGAAGUUCCUGUGCUGAUUUUAAUGCACAGCAAAGUUUGGAACCAUUAGGUUAGCAUUUUAAGGCCCAGAUUCUGGAACUAGACUAGCUGGAUACUGAUCCUACUUUAUUCCACAUACUAAGUGUAUGAUGUCAGACCAGUUCUCAACCUCCCUGUACCUUUUCCCAGUUGCAGGACCUCUGUGAGCCAGUGCUGGGCAUGCCAGCAUCAGUCAGGGAACACCAGCCACUAGCAUCGUCAUCCCAAUUGCAGUUGUCACCUGUAGGAGCAGCUGAAUUCUGUCCAUAGAGAUGCCCCAGAGACUUCACCCACCAUCUACUUACUGGAAGUGGGAAGAGAUGAUUCUGUAGCUUUUUUCUCCUAGUCUCUGUAGUGUCCAGGUUCUGUUCUUAAUGAUACAGCUUUUCAGGAUCACAGCUCGUGAACCUUUCCCAGGUUCCUGCAGCUUGAGUUGCCUGGUAGAGAUCACAAUUGGCACUGAAGAAAUUUGGCAACACCUGCAGUGAGUGGCGCUCCACUUCCCACGUGCAAUCGCUACACAAGCACAAAGCUAAUCAUGAAUGGAAUUAGCUCUGCACAAAGGAAGCCACCAGCAGUCGAUUUCUCCCGCUUGGAGUUCUUGAGAAGAGUAUUUAUGAUUUUUCUAUGUGUACUCCAUAAAAAAGUAAAAAGUAUAUUAGGGCCUGAAGUAUGAUGGUUUAAAAAGAAGCUUAAGCAAAUUGAAUAAAAACAUACUUUGAAAUGAAAACUAAGGGUUAAUAACUACACUUAAAAAGAAUGAAGCUUUUAUUCUUUCUGCUCUGGCUGAGGAGUGAUUCCUUUACAAUUGUUAGUAUUUUUUACAUAAAUAUGUUUUAUUUAUUAGUAAAAUACCAGAAACAAACAAAAAAAAAGUUCCAGAUUUUUCAUUGCUUGAAUGUAUAUAUUUUAAACUUAAAUGUGAAUAUAUUACACAUAUUUCAGACAGUUUUGGGUUUUUUUCCAAUUAUAUAUUCAUAGGCAUAUGUCCUCUGGAUCCGUCUCAUUAAAAA